GGGGCCGGUGUUACUUGUUACUUAUAGUGAUAAACAUUUUGGCUCUAUUAGUCUAUUAUGAACACGAGUAUUAUGAGCGUCGUGAACUACUUAGGACCACAGAAUAGAAUAAGACUCAUUAGUUAUUAAGUUUUGAAUUUGAAAUUUUGAACAGAUAAUAGUGAAUUUCAAUACACUUUAUUUCAAAACAAUGGUUAUUAGCAUAGGAUUCGAAGGUAGUGCAAAUAAAUUAGGAAUUGGAAUCGUUAGAGAUGGUGAGGUGCUGGCGAAUUGUAGAAGAACAUACAUAACUCCGCCCGGUGAAGGAUUUUUACCCCGAGAAACAGCACAACACCACCAAAAUAAUAUUGUAUCGUUAUUAGAAGAAACAAUCGAAACAUCUGGUAUACAACCGGAACAGAUCGAUAUUGUAUGUUUCACAAAAGGUCCUGGAAUUGGUAAUCCUUUGGUUAGUGUUGCUGCUGUGGCACGUACUGUUGCUCAACUUUGGAACAAACCUUUAAUACCUGUUAACCAUUGUAUUGCACAUAUAGAAAUGGGACGCUUAAUAACUGGUAGUGACAACCCUACUGUUUUAUAUGUUAGUGGAGGGAAUACUCAAGUCAUAGCUUAUUCUGGGAAUUGUUAUAGAAUAUUUGGUGAAACAAUUGAUAUUGCUGUUGGAAAUUGCUUAGAUCGAUUUGCAAGAGUUUUAAAAUUAUCCAAUGAUCCUAGUCCUGGUUACAAUAUUGAACAAAUGGCUAAAAAAGGUAAAAAAUAUCUUAAAUUACCUUAUGUGGUAAAAGGUAUGGAUGUAUCAUUCUCUGGUAUAUUAUCUUAUAUAGAAGAAAAAGCACAAACAUUGUUGUCAUCUGGUGAAUAUACUCCUGAAGAUUUAUGUUUUUCACUUCAAGAAACUCUUUUUGCAAUGUUAAUAGAAACAACAGAAAGAGCAAUGUCUCACUGUCAGUCAAAAGAAGUAUUAAUAGUUGGAGGUGUUGGUUGUAAUGAAAGAUUACAAGAAAUGAUGAAAAUUAUGUGUGAUGAAAGGAAUGCAAUAUUAUAUGCUACUGAUGAAAGAUUUUGUAUAGACAAUGGAGUAAUGAUAGCUCAUACUGGAACUUUAAUGCAUAAUAGUGGAUAUAAAACUAUAUGGGAAGAUACAUUUUGUACUCAAAGGUUUAGGACAGAUGAAGUUGAAGUUACAUGGAGGUCAUGAAAAUGUGUUAAAGCAUUUUUUUUAUAUACACUACAUUAGAUUUUAUGUUACACCAAUAACCAAAGUAUUCUUGCUAAAACGCAAACUAAUAAAGCAAAUACAGGCCAAAUUGAGUACAUAUCA